CACGAGCAGCAGCACGAGCGCACAGAACAUAGACAUACACACACUCACGCGCGCACCGAGCACCAAGCGGAGCACGCUGUCGCUUCAUGCCUCCUACACUGCAUCUGCUGGACCAAACACUAUAACCAUCUAUCACAGCAAACGGGGGAGAAAUUAAAGAAAUUGCACCAUGAACCGUAAGGGAGGAUUGGUGCUGACGCUCGUCGCUGCUUUGCAGGUGGUUUUGCAGGCUGCGGGGGACGUGCCAUGCCAGCCAGGCUUCACCCAGCAAGAGUACAGCGUCGUUGUCAAUGACAUCAUUACAGAGGGACAGGCCCUGCUUAAAGUGAGCUUCAUAGACUGUGGUAAAGGUUCCAAUCUGCGCUUUGAGAGCAGUUACCCCGCGGAUUUCCGGAUAGGACAAGACGGCACGGUGUACGCCACAAGAACUCUGCGCAUAUCAGACAGAAAGGAAUGGAGCCUAGAGAUCAGCGCAAAAGAUAAGGAGAGACAGGGGGUGUGGCUAACUCAAGUUUCCUUCACACUACCAGACACACCUAAACAGGUGCCUGAGAUCGUGUUUCCAUGGCGCAGCGUCGUCGUCGGGGGCGACGGUAGCAUGAGCCGCGUGAAAAGAGACUGGGUCAUUCCUCCCAUCAACGUCCCUGAAAACUCCCGAGGACAGUUCCCAGAGGAGCUUGUCAAAAUUCGUUCAGACAGAGAUAAGAUUAACACACUGCGCUACAGUGUGACGGGACCAGGAGCUGAUCAGUCUCCUACCGGCCUCUUCAUCAUCGACCCCAUCAAUGGACAGCUGUCUGUCACUAAGCCUCUAGACCGAGAACAGAUCUCCAAUUUCCAUCUGCGCGCUCAUGCUGUGGACAUUAACGGCAAUCAGAUGGAGAAUCCCAUUGAUAUUGUCAUCAACGUCAUCGACAUGAACGACAACAGACCAGAGUUUACCCAUCAGAUCUGGAACGGCACGGUGGACGAGGGCGCCAAACCAGGCACUUUCGUGAUGACAGUCACGUCACAAGAUAAGGACGACCCCAACACAGCCAACGGCAUGCUGAGAUACAAGAUCCUCUCUCAGAGUCCCGAGACUCCGUCCACCAACAUGUUCACCAUCAAUAACAAGACAGGCAAAAUCAUCACCGUAGCCGCAGGCCUCGACAGAGAGAAAGUGUCCCAGUACACUCUGAUCAUCCAGGCCACUGAUAUGGAGGGAAAUCCGACAUACGGCCUGUCCAACACUGCUACCGCCAUCAUACGGCUGCUUGACGUCAAUGACAACGCCCCAGAGUUCACCAGAGACACAUUCUACGGAGAAGUGCCUGAGAACCGUGUGAAUGUGAUUGUGUCUAAUCUGACAGUAACAGACAAAGACAAGCCAGGCACACCAGCCUGGAACGCGGUGUAUCGCAUCACAUCCGGAGACCCAACCGGACGCUUCUCCAUCCCCACUGACCCCACCACCAACGAGGGCCUUGUGACGGUGGUUAAGCCUGUAGACUACGAGAUGAAUCGUUCGUAUUUGUUAACCGUGGUAGCCGAGAACGAAGUGCCGCUGGCGGGAGGGAUCCACCGUACACGCCAGUCGACAGCCACCAUUUCCAUACGCAUCAUCGACGUGAACGAGAGUCCCAACUUUGAGCCCAACCCCAAACAGAUCAAACUGGAUGAGGGACUUCCUGCAGGGUCGAUGCUCACCACAUUUAUAGCUCACGACCCUGACAGACACAUGCAGCAGAGUAUCAGGUACUCGAAGUUAUUUGACCCAGCUAACUGGCUGGAAAUCGACCCAAAUAACGGGCGAAUCUCCACCAUCGCCCUACUCGACCGUGAAUCCCCGUACGUCAGAAACAACCUCUACAAUGCCACCUUUAUGGCCUCUGAUAAUGGUAUUCCUCCUGCGAGUGGAACAGGCACGCUGCAGAUCUACCUGUUGGAUAUUAAUGAUAACGCGCCACGAGUUUUUCCCCAAGAGAUCGAAGUGUGUGAGAGACCCGAGCCUAACGGCAUCAACAUAACAGCUGUGGACGGAGACCUGAACCCCAACGCCGGGCCAUUUGCUUUCGAGCUGGCCAACCGACCUGCUGACAUCCGCCGCAACUGGACACUCACUCGUCUCAACGGUGACCAUGUCCAGUUGAGCCUGAGAAUCGGGUACCUCCAGAGCGGAAUCUACGAAGUCCCCAUUAUCAUCACGGACUCUGGAAACCUGCCGAUGGCCAACACCUCACAUCUGCGCGUGAAGGUGUGCCAGUGCGAUCACCAUGGAGACUGUGUGGACAUGGAGCGCAUCAUGGCUGCCGGUUUGGGUACCGGAGCCAUUAUUGCCAUCCUUAUCUGCAUCAUCAUCCUGCUGGUGCUAGUGCUGAUGUUUGUGAUGUGGAUGAAGAGGAGAGAUAAAGAGCGGCAGGCGAAGCAGCUGCUGAUCGACCCGGAGGACGAUGUGCGAGACAACAUCCUCAAAUACGACGAGGAAGGCGGAGGAGAGGAGGACCAGGAUUAUGAUCUGAGUCAGCUGCAGCAGCCAGACACUCUGGAGCAUGACCUGGUGAAGCCAGUUGGAAUUCGUCGGCUGGACGAACGCCCGCUGCACCCGGAGCCCAGCUACCCGCUUCGUUCUGCUGCACCGCACCCUGGAGACAUCGGAGACUUCAUCCACGAGGGUCUGAAGGCGGCUGAUACGGACCCAACGGCUCCACCGUACGACUCGUUGCUGGUGUUUGAUUACGAGGGCAGCGGCUCUACCGCUGGCUCACUCAGCUCACUGCACUCAUCCAGCUCCGGAGGUGAGCAGGACUACGACUACCUCAACGAAUGGGGACCGCGGUUUCGCAAACUAGCCGACAUGUACGGCGGAAACGACGACUAAUGCGGCCAGGUGUUUAACGAAAAAAAAUUAAAUAGAAAAAAAAAAAGCGGCACUUUUAUAACACGGGACACGGGACAGUGUGUAAAAUCAAACGAAAAA